GAGAGGAAGACGCUUACUGAGGCAUACACACGUGGCCGACGAAUGUCUCAAAUAACCAACACACACGGGGGAAAUCUAUGACACCUAUGACCGAUGUUCGUCGCAAACAAGUAGAAAGCCCAGCGAAUCCCUUCCCGUCUAGCGCUGGUGGACGACGUGUAGGAAGACACGAAAGGGCCCCAUUGCCGACUGACAUUGCCCUCCAUUACACACAUGUGAAAUGUGAAGUGCGUGAGAAGAAAAGAACACGGUCGAUAAACACAAUGGGCACGCCGCACCGCACAGGCUGUGCAGGGCCUGACCUACCUAUCACACCACACCCAUCACUGUCUGUCUGUCUGUCUGUCUGUCUGCACAAGUACUUGAAGCAUCGCCUGACCUGACCUUGUCCACGUAUGUGGACGUAAUGUAUUUACUCUACAACACAGCACAGCACAGCACCCCUAUCUGUCUGUCUGUCUAUGACCCCACCCACACCCACUGCUCAUCCUUCAUCUCCUCACUGGCCUUUUCCACCCCCUUGGCACCCUCACCCUGCUCCUCAAUCAGCUCCUCCAAAUGGUCCUCACCCACCGGCCAUAUCUGCACCUGAACCGCCUCGCGACGGCUCGGCAGCGGACGACCCCCCCCACCCCCACCAGGUUUGUGCAUCACAUGUCGCAUCAACCACCGCCAAGACGCCUUGCACACCCGAACUAUGUAGCGCGGGAUGCGCAGAAGGAAGCCCAGAACGUGUGGGCGUCUCUUGGCGGGCUGCGACGGCUCUUCCGUCUCGACAAAGAGCUCGUCACUCUCGGACAAGGUGAGAGUGAAGCGCUCGAGCCGCUCAGUGCGCCGCUUCGACUUGGUCUUUGUGACGGGUUUGGAGUAGAUGAGCAGCAGGUUGGGGUCGUCGGUGCUCUCUUCAAUGUGGAUGGUGUGGGGUCGUCUUCGUGAGGGGUUCUUGUGGGUGCAUGAGAUGUGCAGGCCGCGCGGGUAGUGCAGCGGCCGGUUCACGUACACGAUCGUCGGGUGAGACGACUGAAUCGAAUGGUCUGAAUGAACCGACAAACAAACAAACAAACAAACAAACAAGGGGGACAGGACAGGCAGGGGGGCAGGCAAUGCGCAUGGCCGCAUGCAUAGACACCACACCCAUGGGUUGGGUGUGGACUGACUGGGGUGGUCACUGAAGCUCACCUGGGAACCAGGUGAAGGUGAAGUGGCCGUUGACCGGACUGAAGUGGUAACUGGAGAUCUCCUGAACCAACCACGUGUACACACGCCAAUGUGUGCGUAUCCAUCUGACUUCAUAGACCCCCCCUCUCUCUCUGUCCGCCUCACUCACUCACUCACUCAGUCACUCACUCACCCCGGCCGUGCGCAUGGGAUAUGUGCGUGAGAGGUAUUUCAGUUUGAGCUCCUCCAGCUGCCCGCGCUCGUCGUAGAAGCCCUGGCGGCUCUCUUGGGUUGUGAAGUCAUUGAAGUACUUAUAUGCCUACGUCCAGAUGGCCAUCGAUCGCCGUCAUCCGUACUUAUGUGUGAGAGCGUUUUUGUGUUGGUUCACCCACCCAGUAUGCCCAGGACAUCCCACGCUCGUCGGCCAUGUCUAGCAGAGGCGACACCAUCUCCAGUGCAGCGGCCGUCCCGCGGACGGCACCAAACUCUGUCUGCAAGACACACACACACACACACAGAGGCAUGAUUGUGUCUGUCUGUCUGUCCCUUGCUCGCUCCCUCACCAUGAAUCCCGCGCUGAGUCCCUUGCCGGUGGCUUUGUAACCGAUCUUCUUGAGGUCCUGCUCCACGCCAUCGACCAAGAUGUCCUGAAGUGAAUGAAUGAGACAAAGGAACAAACUGAUGAGUCAGUCCAUCACCACGUGGAUUGGCAAUAGUCAGAUAGAUGUACACACCGACCCAGGCAAGGUCGCAGGCGAACUGCUGGAACCGGCUGGGGGAGUCACCCGACGGCAGGCAAUACACAUGAAACGCAUAACUGGACCCGACAUCCUGACAACAACACGAGGAAAGAGACACACACACGGGGCAAGAGGGUGCUUUGUUUGUCUGUGGAUUUAUGGAUUUAUGUGUGUGUGGCGCACGUCGUCGGUCAGGUUGAGAGGAUUUUUCUCAAAGCCACAGUGAAUGGAGCUGAUGAACUUCUCAAACAUGAGAAUGUGGGCCCCAUCCUCCUCACGCACGGCCCUGGCUGCGUGUUGGUAGAGCGGGGUCAGAUGCAGGCGGUCAGCACGGGCGGCGUCGUAGACAAGCCAUGGAUGCUCGUACACCGACCCGCCCCAGGGCUCGUUGAUCAGCUCAUACGCCAGCACACCCGGCUCGUCCUUGAGUGCACGGGCGAUCUGCCGCCAGAACGAUGCGAAAGAGUCUCGGAUGCCCGAGCGGUUGUCGUAGAGGGCCUGGAAGAAGGUGUUGACCUGCACAGAUGCACAAACCACACAAACACACACGUGUGAUGGAUUGAUGACACACGCGGAUGGUCUGUCUCUACCCGUGAUACCUACUUGAUAGGUCAGAUAGUAUAAAAAAAAUGGCCGCGACAGGCAUUGUUCCAUGGAUGGCAGAUCGGCCGGGUGGUCGUACGGCCGACCUAUGGGCUCCGGAAAGCGUGGGAGGCCCUGGAAGAUGCCCUCUGCGUGCAGCUGGGUGUAGACGUGCGACGGGAAGCCCUCGCCGCACAUCUGCGGCAAGGCCAGAUCUACAGCAGAGCAGAGCCACUUGUAUGGUAGGCAUCCACUUGCCAUCUCUCUGUGUGUGGUUUGCUGCAUGGCAUGGCCCCCCCCACCUUGGUGCACAUCGAUGAUGGUGUGGAUGCCAUGUGCGGCCAGCUCCCGCACGAGAGCCUUCACUUGCGACAGGUACGUCGUGUUGUAGUCACCCAGCGAUGGCUCAAUGCCUGCUCACACAGACAGACAGACAGACAGACAGACAGACAUCGAUGUGGCUGCCCCUUUCUCUGUGUGUGUGUCGGUUCGGUGCGCUCUCCCACUCUACUCGCCCACCUGGCCACAUGGCCCCCAGCCUGAUGACAUUGAAGCCCCACUGUUUGAGCUUGUCGAUAUCAUCGCGCCCGAAUGACAGCUGCGCGUCGAAUGGCUCGUAGGGCGGCAGCCAGGGAGGCUCCUUGAAGACCACAUUCACGCCAUGGAAAAUCACUGAAGGAAACGUACAAACACCACCGCGCAGAACGGCAUGUGUGUGAAUCCAUUAUCACUCAGAUCCAUCAGAUAGGUCCAUGCAUUCAUUCAUUCCUGCACUGUGCCGCCUGGCUGGCUGGCUGGAUGCGAUGCAUGUGAUUCACCAGUGCGAUUGGCAGCAUCCACGUAGCGGCCUCGGUCUUGCUGACUGUGGAGGCGGAUCCAGUCAACUGAUGCAUCUGCAAUCGGGUGAGAGGCCGAAAAGAUCGCCAAGAUGAGGAGGGUGGCGAUGAGAAGCCUUCUCAUAGGUGCGAUAACACAC